AUGUGCUUCAUCGGAGGAAACGGUGCAUAUGCAAGCAGGAUUUUGUGGAGGAUGCUGCGGCAAGUGAUUCACAGAGGGCUCAAGGCUUCGUUCUACUGGCUGGGCUUGUUCGUUAGCAGGCACCCUGUUUUCUUCCUUACUGUCCCUGCAGUCCUCACCAUAAUUUUCGGAUCUACCGUUCUGAGCCGAUUCAAGCCGGAGACGGACCUGGAGGUGCUAGUCGCCCCGACUCACAGCCUCGCCAAGAUUGAGCGGAGUCUCGCCAACAGCCUGUUUCCCAUCGACCAGUCGAAGCACAAGCUCUACUCGGAUUUGCACACCCCGGGCAGAUAUGGCAGGCUGAUCCUGCUGGCCAAGUCCGGGGGAAACAUCCUAGAACUAGCUGACCAGGUCCUCCAGGUUCACAAGCAGGUGCUGGAUUUACGCGAUGGCCGUGUGUCCUUCAUUGGCCACCAGCUGGGCGGCGUGUCCUUCUUGCCAAACAGCCGAGACCAGCAGGUGAAGUUCGCCCGCGCUGUCCAGAUCACCUACUACCUCCGUAACCACGGACCCUUGGUACAGGAUGCCAUCGCUGAGCACUGGGAGAAUGAGUUCUAUGCCCUGGUCAGACGUUUGUCCACAUCCGAGGCACCCCACGGGCCUGACCAACUUCACAUCCAGUCGCUCACCUCCUUCAGCCUGUGGCGGGACUUCCACCAGACGGGCAUGCUCGCCAAGGGGGAGGUGCUGGUCAGUCUGGUGCUGGUACUCCUGGCCGCCACAAUCUCCAGUUCCAUGCGAGACUGCCUGAGGGGAAAGCCAUUCCUGGGCCUCCUGGGCGUGCUGACCAUCUGCAUUGCCAAUGUGACGGCUGCAGGGAUCUUCUUUAUAUCAGAUGGGAAAUUCAACUCUACGCUGCUGGGGAUCCCAUUCUUUGCCAUGGGCCAUGGAACCAAAGGAGUUUUCGAACUGCUAGCAGGCUGGAGGAGAACGAGGGAAAACCUUCCCUUCAAGGAACGUGUGGCGGACGCUUUUGCUGACGUGAUGGUGUGCUACACCAUGACCAGCUCACUCUACAUCAUCACCUUCGGCAUGGGAGCUAGCCCUUUUACCAACAUUGAGUCAGUGAAAAUUUUCUGCCAGAGCAUGUGUGUCGCCAUACUGGUCAACUACUUCUACGUUUUUUCUUUCUAUGGCUCCUGCCUGGUGUUUGCCGGACAGCUGGAGCAGAACCGCUAUCACAGUGUUUUCUGUUGUAAAAUCCCCUCAGUGGAGUAUUUGGACCGCCAGCCCACAUGGUUUAAAACUAUGAUGAGUGACGGCCAUGACCUGUCCACGCACCAUGACAGUGUCCCAUACCAGAAUCACUUCAUACAGCACUUCCUUCGAGAGCACUACACAGAGUGGAUUACCAACACUUAUGUCAAACCCUUUGUGGUGAUUCUCUAUCUCAUCUACGCCUCUUUCUCAUUCAUGGGAUGCUUACAAAUCAGUGAUGGAUCAAAUAUCGUCAACCUGCUGGCUAGUAACUCUCCGAGUGUUUCGUAUGCUCUGACCCAGCAGAAAUACUUCAGUAACUACAGUCCUGUGAUCGGGUUUUACAUUUACGAGCCCAUCGAUUACUGGAACUCCACGGUGCAGGACCACCUUAAGACUCUGAGUCAUGGCUUCAACAAGAUCUCCUGGAUGGACAACUUUUUCCAUUACCUGCGGGUGGUGAAUGUGAGUGCAUCAACCAAGAGUGACUUCAUCACCAUCCUUAAAGGCUCUUUCCUGCGCAGCCCAGAGUACCAGCACUUCACUGAGGACAUCAUAUUCUCCAAGAAUCGUGAGACUGACGAGUACGAUAUUAUUGCCUCACGGUUGUACUUGGUGGCGCGGACGACUGAGAAGAAGCGAGAAGAGGUGGUUGAGCUAUUGGAAAAGCUUCGUCCAUUGAUGCUAAUCAACAGCAUCAAGUUCAUUGCCUUCAAUCCCACAUUUGUGUUCAUGGACCGCUACAGCUCCUCUGUAAUCUCACCCAUUCUCACCUCAGGCUUCAGCAUACUCACUAUGCUCAUUCUCACUUUUUUCCUGGUCAUCAACCCCUUGGGGAACUUCUGGCUCAUCCUCACGGUUACGUCUGUAGAGCUGGGCGUCUUGGGUUUGAUGACCCUCUGGAACGUUGGCAUGGACAGCAUCUCAAUCCUGUGCCUUAUUUAUACCCUCAACUUCGCCAUGGAUCACUGUGCACCACACCUGUACACCUUUGUGCUGGCCACAGAGCACACUAGGACGCAGUGCAUCAAGUUAGCACUGGAGGAGCACGGGGCUGCCAUCCUGCAGAACACAUCCUGCUUUGUGAUUGGGAUCAUGCCCCUGGUGUUUGUGCCUUCCAAUCUGACCUACACACUGUUCAAGUGCUCCCUCCUCACUGCGGGCUGCACUGUGCUACACUGCUUCAUCAUCCUGCCAGUCUUCCUGACCUUCUUCCCGCCAUCCAAAAAGAGACACAAAAAAAAGAAACGGGCCAAGCGGAAAGAGCGGGAGAGGGAGCGGGAAAGAGAGAGGGAAAGAGAAAGGGAGGAGAUAGAGUGCAUUGAAGUCAGGGAGAAUCCUGAUCAUGUUACAAACGUCUGA